AUGGCCGGAUGCUCGCUCCCAUCACGUGCCCUCGCUCCCCUCCUCCUCCUCCUGUUGCUGCUGCUUCACUCGAGCCCAUCGACAGGCAAACGGCUCGACACCGACGCCCGCACCCCGAUCAAGGCGAGGAACGAAGCACCAGCGCUCCGCAGCGACCCCGACAGCAGCAAGAGCAACGCCGGCAUCAACAGCAACAGCAACAGCGACAGCAACAGCAACGCCGGCACCGACGUCAACAUGAACGGAAACAUGCUGAUACCGCCAUACACACCCAUCGUCACGCCGUCCCCCGACCAGAGCGCGAUACUGGCCGCGUACAGCUUCCGCCAGGAGACGUACUACGAAUGCCGUACCCGCGAUGGCGCCGAGCACUGCGGUUGGCACAUCCCCCUCGUCAAGGCCGAGGCCGGCGGGCCGGGGCUGGGUACCGUGGCGAGCACGGGCGCCGUCGUUGCCGCCGUCCUGUGCCUCGCCGCCGUCUUUGCCGUCGCCAUGAUGUGA